GACGGCCCUGAAUAAAGUCCAGCAUCAUCUGAUCUGCCUUCUUGGGAAUACUGAGUUGCUGUUCUCUCUGCAUAGGGCUGCGUUCCAUGAUGUUGAGAGGAGUCGCUCACAGUGCAAAAGAUACAUUUACUCUUCUGUUAGCAAGAUCUCAGUAUCGUAACCCAGGAUUGAAUUUUCCCUCAGUAUGGACUGAAGUAAUGAAGAGAAGCUUCCUAAUACAUUCCACUUACACAACGGAUACAAAAUCAAGAGAGGAAAAUAAAAAAACCAUUGAGAGUCUGUACAGAUUGUCAGUUGACAUUAAGAAAAUACGCAGACUAAAGGAAUGGGUCCUUCUCCAGGAUGUGGCCUAUGUUAAAGAAAUUGCUGAUAUCUUAAAAGAAAUGGGAGCAGAUGAGACCACGGUAGCCAACAUUUUAGAACGCUGCCCAGAGGCAAUUCUCCAUAUCCCUGCAGAGAUAAACUCUCAAAGAACUCUAUGGCAACUAGUAUGCCAGAAUGAAAAUCAGUUAAUUAAAUUAAUAGAGCAAUUUCCAGAGUCUUUUUUUACUACUCAGUAUCAUGAGAAUCAGAAGGCAAAUAUACUGUUUUUUCAAGAGUUGGGACUUAAGAAUAAUAUAAUCACCAGGUUCUUGACAAGCGCACCCAGCAUAUUCUGUAAUCCUGUUGAGAAAAACAAAAACGUGAUAGAGACAUUACAAAGAAAUUAUUUAAGUUUAGGAGGUUCUGAUGCAAAUAUGAAGAUCUGGAUACUGAAGCUAUUGAGCCAAAAUCCAUUUAUUUUAUUAAAUUCCUCCACCACAAUCCAGGAGAACUUGGAAUUUCUCCAGAAGAAUGAUUUCAGUGACCAUGAAGUUCUACAGCUGCUGUCCAAACUUAAAGGUUUUAUUUUUCAGCUUACUCCUACUACUAUGCAGAAGAGUAUGCUUAAUUCCAAAAAUGUCUUUAAGUGCAGUGAUCAAGAAUUAAGACAGCUAGUGCUGAAAUGCCCAGCCCUUCUCUACUAUUCUGUUCCAGUUUUGGAAGAAAGACUUGAAGGACUACUGAAGGAAGGAAUUUCUGUAGCGCAGAUUAGAGACACACCAAUGGUGCUGGAGUUGACAACACAAAUUGUUCAGUACCGAAUUAAAAAACUCUCUGCUUUGGGAUAUGAUAUAAAGAGUGGAACUCUAGAAAGCUUGAAUGGUACUAAGAAGGAUUUUGAAGUCAAUUAUGGUAGGAUACAAUCAAAGAAGGAGAGACCAAUUUUUAAUCCUGUUGCUCCUGUACACAUUGAAGAAUAAUUUGAAUGCUGUACUUCAAAUUACACAAAAGAAAAUUAUUAAAGAGAAAAGAGAUGCUGGGUGGUUGAGAAGAGCCAAAAGAAAUCUUGACCAAAUUGUAGUCUUAUACUGUACUUUGUCCCAGAGUGGGUCUUGGGCACAAAUUCAUUAUACAGUUGUAGCUUUCUAAUACUUUCAAAUAAUAUCAUAGAAGCUGGUUACGAUAAAGGUUGCCUUUUUUCCCCAGGGAGUACCUCACAUGUUUUUUUUGGUUCUGUUACAUUUCCUUAUCUAACAGGGCGUUAACUGCUUUGGAUUUUCAGCUCUGUCACUGCACAGUCCAGCCUGGGGUAGUGAUUAGCACAAUCUUUAUCUGAGAAAAGGAGGGUUAUUUUUCCAGCAGUGUUCAACCCACUGGUUCACUGAAUUUUGGAGGCUCUUUUGGAGUUGCAUUCCUUAUUGCUGCAAUAAGUAGCUCUAGCUCCUGGAUCCUGACCUGCAGCAGACCUGACUUCUUGGAUAGGAAAACAUAGGUAGAGCAGUCUGAGAACAGGGGCAGGACAUAAUAUUUUUUUAUUUAGUGACUGCUGCAGUGAGGCCCUAGUAUGUUUGUGUGCAAACCACAAUGCAAAGAAACUACAAGACAACCUCCUUUACAUUUCUGAGACUUCAAAAUUUACUCCUUUUUCAAAAGGUUUGGGGCAGGAGGAAAUACAUUUAUUGCCAUUGUCUAGUUCUUAAUUUCUUUUCUAGCACAGCUUAGGGAGAGAAAAGGUUAGGGAGAGACUCAAGUGAGCCUCAAAAGGAUUGUAGGAGAAAGGAAAAAGUCAUGCUUUUAUAUUAGGUGUAACAAAACUCUAGUCUGUAAACCACUGGUGAUUAAAAAUGACUACCAGAUUUGCAAACAGCUGCCAGUUUCUAAAUAUAUGGGUGACACUGCUUCUCAGAUAACACCAUACAGUAAUUGUUGACAAGUGCUGGCUUUCAAAAGAGUAACUAUCUGACAGUGUUUAAGUUCUCAGGGGAUUUUAUUUAUUUUCAUUUACGGGCUGUGAAUGAGAAUAUAAAAUAGUAGCAUCAUUGACAAUCAUCUCAAGAGAAUUAGCAUCAUCAGUGAUUCUGUUUCUCAGAAAGACUUUGCUAAGCAACUAUUCCAUACACAUUCCCUCUUGACAGCAGGAGAAAAAACAGUUACACACCCCCCUCGCUCCAGGCCAUUCUUCAAGGUCAUUUUUAACAGACAUUUUGGCAGCAAGUCCAGGGUUCCUUUUCUUAAAUAAAAGUUUUAAAUUGCUGAGGAAAGCUGGUAUUGAAUUACUUGCUUAGAUGGUGGGCUGCAAGGUUAUAUUUUAUAUAGCCUGCCACAUUAUCUGCUGUGAGCUUGGAAAAGGCUAGAAACAUCUGGUUAGAUCAGUGCCAAGAUCUCAACAGCUGAAGGUCUUAAACUCACCACCAUGCAGGCGAGUGUGGACAUGAUGGCAGCUUGUGGGGGUAACCACUGCUCUUCUAGGAGCAUGUGUGACAGCGGUGAGAAUUCAAGAAGGGGCACAUAUCACCAGCAUAUUAAAAGUCAGGCUGUGUUACUAAGCCAUGUCUUUGCUGACUCUUCAAAACACAUUAUCGUUUUUUUAGGAGGAAACUGGGAAGAGCCAUAUUAAAAAUUUACAGGAACUUGCCUUAUCACUUUCUGACUGUCUGCUCAGCUAUUAAGCAUACCACAGUAUUACUUGAAUUUCAAAGCAUCGUUCCCCUCAGACACAAGGGGACAUUUCAGCUUUCUGAGGCUAUUCAUAAUACAACCCAUAAUGCUGAACCACAGAUCUGAUGGAUGGUUUAGGAUGAAAAGGAAACCAAGAUGUAGAACAGUGUUUUCCCUGACAAUUUAGUUUCGGCAUUUCUACAGGUAUCUGUUUUCAAAGUUCCUGAAACAGCUUAUUUCCAUCACUUACAGUAUUUCCAGUGGCAAUGAACAAAAUGGGAAAGUGACAUAUUUCCUUGAGUCACAGCCUGAGUUAUCACAAACUCAUUUUCCAUUCUGACUGUUUCAAUUUCUCCUCCUCCCCUUUCAAAACAAAAGCAUAAACAGAAAGACUCCUUUUUUCUACCAGCAGACAGAAAUUCAUUCAAUCCUUCAUUCAUAACUCUAUGCCUGGGACCCACUUCUCUCUUCUUCACAGGAUUCAUUUAUAAUAAAGCCUCACAGAAGCUCCCAAUUACCAAAAUGUA